UGAUUUUGCAUUUCAGGGGGGAGUGAACUGUAUGUAAACAAUACAGUUUUCUCCCCUGUCAACUCCUGCACACUGCUUUGUAUGCUAUGUAGAGCCAUAAAAAGCAGUGUGUUUACAGUGAAGCACACACACACAGCUUACAGUAAAAUAGCACACAGUUAACCCUUUGAUCACCCCACAUGUUAACCCCUUCCUACCCAGUGCCAUUAGUACAGUGUCAGUGCUUUUUAUUAGCACUGAUCACUGUAUUGGUAUCACUAUUUGUCAGUGACACCAAGUCAGUUCCCCCCAGUGUCAAA